AUGCACAUUGGUCAAGCCGCAGCAAAGGAAGGUGAGUCUCAGAUGAUCGUGAUGAUGGGUAACAAUCUUUCUUUAACGAGUAUUAUUCUCAAUGGAGAUCCAUCUAUAGAGCAUAAAGGAAAACUUCCUUGCCUUGACGAACAAGUCAAGAUAUCUCAGUUCUAUCACUGCGAGGGCUUACUGCUAUGCAUUUUAAAAGAUGAUUCUAGGUUUGUGGUUUGUAAUCCGUAUUUGGAGCAAACAAGGUGGAUCGAACCAAGAUAUUCCCAUCGUCCACACGGAUGGGAUAGGUUCUCUUACGCUCUUGGAUACGUGAAUACGGAUUCUUGUUGUUACUACAAGUUGUUGGGGUUGAUAGAUUAUUACUACAAUGCACACGAGAAGCAAUUCUUUUGGUAUGGAAUCUACGAUUUUGACUCUGAUUUAUGGACUACUCUUGAUGUCACUCCGCAUUGGCGUAUAGCGUUUUGUAACCGUGGCGUUUCUCUUAAGGGAAGCACGUACUGGUGUGCUGCAGAAAGGAACGUAGAUGUCGAUGAAGUCUUGGCCGAUCGCUUAAUCUGUUUUGAUUUUACAAGUGAGAGAUUUGGUCCGCUUCUGCCUCUGCCGUUUAGUGGUGGGCAUAUUGACUGUAUGACGUUAUCUUGUGUUAGAGAAGAGAAGCUUGCGGUUUUACUUCAGCACGAUGAAUCAAAUCCAUAUGAGCUUGACUUAUGGAUUACGACCAAGAUUGAGACUGGAGAGGAGAAGAAAGUCGCCUUUGGUUUUGAUGGACGUAACCGCGAGAGAGUUAUUGUCAUUGGAGAGGCUGGAUACUUGAGGGGAUUGGAUCUCGUUGGAGAUUUUGGAGACCAAGAAUGUAGGACUGAUCUGUGCUCUUAUGUUCCAAGUUUAGUACAAAUCAAGCAACCUGAAGGAGGGGAAUCGAAACAACAAAGCGAUUUAGAAAAGUGUCGAUAUGAUGAAAACAUGUUGAGGCUUGUCUCACUCUAA